AAAGCCGAAAUAAAGACGGGAGCGCCGUUUGAUGCGAGCGGUCUCCGAGACCAUGUUGUGUGCGUACGAGAUGAGGAAGAGAUUGGGAGAAGAAGUUGACUUCCUCCUCUCCUUCGGCCGAGAUAAUAUCCCCCCGAGUUUGCCUCGACCUCUUCUCUAUAAGUAUAGCUCACAUUGUUACACAUGGCCACGUUUUCUUUCAACUCUCAUUCUUGGCCAUAGUGUCGCUCUACUAUUCUCUCCUUCCACCUCGCUCUCUCACAUUGAUCUAGCACACGAUGAUGGCUUCUCUGAAAUCAGCUCUGGCUGUCGUUCUCAUCCUAGCUGGUCGGUCAGCGGGCAACUCUGAGCAUCACCACUACGAACUCCGUGCUGCUCCAGCUACAGUAGAUGCCCCGGCCGGCACCCUCGUCGGACGAUCACUCGGCUCCGUCGACACUUUCUCUGGCAUCCCCUAUGCAGAACCGCCUAUCGACCCGCUUCGGUUGAGACCGCCUCAAAGACUCAACUCCUCCUUGGGUAAGUUUGAUGCCACAGGGAACGCAGCUGCAUGCCCUCAGUUUCUCUUGUCCACCGACAGCCGGAACAUUCUCCUUGAUGCUGUUGGCUCAUUCCUUACACUACCGUUCUUCCAACCCAUCACCGGCCAAGAAGACUGCUUGACGGUGACAAUUCAGCGUCCGUCCGGCACACAAUCCGAUGCGAAACUUCCAGUCUUGUUUUGGAUAUUCGGGGGUGGCUUCGAGUUCGGCUCGACAUCUACAUACAGCGGGGCAAGUUUUGUCCGCGAUGGAGCCGACAUGGACCGUCCCUUCAUCUUUGUUGGCGUCAACUAUCGAUUGGGAGGCUUCGGGUUCUUGCCUGGCUGUGAAAUCCUGAAAGAUGGCGCAGCCAACUUGGGACUGUUGGAUCAACGUCAGGCUUUAGAAUGGGUUGCCGAAAAUAUCGCUGCCUUUGGAGGCGACCCUGACAAAGUGACAAUCUGGGGCGAAUCAGCCGGCGCGAUAUCUGCUUUCGACCAGAUGGCACUGUAUAACGGCAACAACUCUUACCAGGGUCGACCACUGUUUCGAGGAGCCAUCAUGAACUCUGGCAGUGUUAUCCCAGCUGAUCCAGUUGACUGCCCCAAAGGCCAGAGAGUCUAUGAUGCUGUCGUGAAGGCAGCUGGUUGUGAAGGAUCAGCCAGUACCCUGGAUUGCCUGCGCAGCGUCGAUUACGAAACAUAUAUGCGUGCCGCAACGGCGGUGCCAGGCAUCCUUUCAUACGAAGCUCUUGCCCUGUCGUAUAUUCCUAGACCAGACGGCAUAGCACUGGUAGACAGCCCUGACAUCCAGGCAAAAGAAGGACGCUACGCCGCGGUGCCUAUGAUCAUCGGCAAUCAAGAAGAUGAGGGGACAUUAUUCGCACUCUUCCAGCCUCUGGUGUGGACAGCGUCACAACUGGUCAACUAUCUGUCAGAGCUGUACUUCCACAACGCCUCAAAAUCCCAGUUGACCACCCUCGUCAGCACUUAUGACAGUCGUAAUUCUGCAGGAAGUCCCUUUCGGACGGGGAUCUUCGAGAUCUAUCCUGGCUUCAAACGUAGGGCUGCCAUCCUUGGAGAUCUCGUCUUCACUCUGGCGCGCCGCUCGUUCCUAUCUGUAGCCAAAGCAAAGCACCCGGACGUCCCAGCUUGGUCGUAUUUGAGCAGUUACAAUUACGGCAAUCCCGUGCUCGGUACAUUCCACGCUUCGGAUAUACUGCAGGUGUUUCUCGGGGUCUUUCCUACCUUUGCGCGGCAGAGCACCCGGUCUUACUAUCUCAACUUCCUCUACAACUUGGAUCCUAAUGUUGGAUUGGGCGGUUACGCGCAAUGGCCGGAAUGGAGUCAGGACCAGCAACUACUCUGGUUUCUAAGCGAUCGAACAGAACACCUCAAAGAUGACUUUCGAAACGAGAGCUACAGGUUCAUCUACAACAAUAUGCAGUCUUUGAACUUCCGGGAUGACUCGGAUGUACUGCCGCGGUGGUCUCUUUGAAACAUCAUGUACUCACACACAGGCCGCAGGUAGUCAGCCUGAGGUGUGGUCGGCCUGUUUCUUCUUCUCUUUUGACGGGGUUCUUCUAUCGAAAGCGAAAGGGGUAUUGCCAACGCUAAACUAUGUACGUAAAUGAAGAUAUGUAUCUGGACAAUAACUGUUGACUGGAUCUGGCUCCGGUGAUCC